UAGACGUGUUUGAAAAAAACUUCUUUAAAAGCUCGCUGUGUCUUAAGAACCUACCGUAUCCUAUUUUGAGUCCUGGAUAGAACAUCUUUCAUAAAACUGAACAGCACGUCACCAAAACAGGUUUUAUUCCAGUCGUUAUGUUGUGGAUCAACCCAAUGAAGAUUUAUACAUGCAUAUUGUUAGCUUUUGUAGCACAAGUUGUUUUUACACAAGCAAUGUGCAUAAGCAAAACGGCUAAGGAGUUUGAAAACAUCUGCUACGAGCUAUUCACAACAAAAAUGAACUGGGCUCAAGCGCAGAAAUACUGCUCAAAUUUCAAUGGACUCAGGAGCCUGGCGAAAGUUUAUUCACCUUUUGUUCUGGACUUUCUCAAUUCUCUCAGACCACCUAAUACAGUUCUUAGCGAAGGUGGACGAGUGUGGCUUGGAGCUAGUGACCAAUUACAAGAAGGUGAAUGGUUGUGGACAGAUGGUACAAAGGCUAAUCUAACAUCGAUGUGGGGCAAGAACGAACCCAACAACUUGGGUGGAAAAGAACACUGCCUUCAAUUGUAUUUAACGCACCUAAAUGAUGACGAAUGUCAUGAAAGAUAUUCUUUCAUUUGUAUGGAAGUUCAUGAUCCAAACACAAUAUCGAAAACUGAUCCAACAACAUCUUUAACAUCCAUGACAACGGCUGCACCAAUUAGCUUUACCACAGAGGGAAAUGUGUUUAAGCCGGGGAACAUUUCCAAGAACACAUUGGAUCCAACCACAACAUCUAAAACUGAACCAACAACAUCUGUGACAUCCAUGUCAACGACGGCAAUACUUAGCUUUACCACAGAGGGAAAUGUGUCUAAGACUGGGAAUAUUUCUAAGGACCAUAGCAAUCGGAUCAAAGAUAAGAUGUAUUCGUUUGGACUAGCUGAAUGGAUUGGCAUUGGGAUCGGUGUAUGUGUUGUGGUCACGUUAUCAGUGCUUGCAGUUGUGCUUGUUAUAAAGCUCCGAUGUAAAACAGUAACUCAGUGGGAAUCUGGAAGCAGACAGCCAGAACCAAAACAAUGAAAACGCUGUUUAUGAAAACAUGAAACGGACCGACGCAAGGCGUGUUCAACUGGUUGAGCUAGAUGAAACCAAACAUUUGUAUGCUGAAUUUUUUGACAAAUAGAGUGUUAGUAAUAAUUGUAUCUAGUACUUGUUAAUGUAAAAACAAACAAAAAAUGUGUAAUGCAUGUUAGAGGAAAACAAUAUAGUUCAUUCCACACUCACGUUUAUUUCAAGCCUAAAUGUUUUUAUUUUUGUAAACCACAGGUAUAACUACUUCAAAACUUAUUUUUUUAAAUGUGUAACUCAAAACGAAUUAUGUUUUCUUUCUUUAGUAAUUUUCUAUUGCUUAUGAAAGUUUGGUUUGGAAAUUAUAAGGACAUUAUAUCAAAUAGCUUGUUGCGAUUAAUAACGUAUUAAACAUCGAAAUGUCUAUAAAUCUUGUAUAACAUAUUUUAGAAAAAUCUCAACAGUAAGUGAGGCGGAUUAUUGUGAUCAAGAUUGACUCGUCCCUUAGGCUCUAGAAAGUGCACUUUUAAAUAAACUCCUUAUAAAAGAUAAUAUAUUUCCCAAUAUAAUAAUAUCAAUAGAUAUUUAAGUUAA